AUUUGCUCGAAUAUAGGAGGAGCCAUCAACAUCGUCUUCUUCAACCACAUGGCGAUAAUUGAACUAUAUCCCAAAUUCUUCUUCUCCCAAAACCCAAUUCCCAAACCCUUCAUAAGCCCUAAUUUCAAUCCCAAAAACACCUUAUCCCAUCAAAUCCUCAAACCAAUUGCUCAAUUUUCUCACCAACCAAUAACCACCACUCCAAACCGUGGCAUAAUCUUCCGGGAAAAAGUUCUAUACCUCCUGAAACUCAAAGUAAACCCAGAAAAAGCCUUCAAACUAAACCCUACACUCCGAACUUGUCCUCUACGAACCCUAAAAUCGGUUGAACAAUGUCUUUCAUCAAUUGGCAUACACAGAAGCGAAAUGGGUCGAAUCCUCGACAUGCUUCCUUCACUUCUCACGUGCGAACCACACAACGACAUUUACCCCCUUCUCGAUUUUCUUCUCAACGAGGUUAACAUUCCUUACCAUGAUGUUCAAAAAUCAAUCUUGCGGUGUCCUAGGUUGUUGGUGAGUUGCAUAGAGACUCGAUUAAGACCUGCACUUUAUUUUUUGAGGGAAUUAGGGUUUGUUGGGCCUCACUCUCUCACGUGUCAAACCACAUUGCUUUUGGUUUCGAGUGUUGAGGAUACCCUUUUGCCUAAAGUUGAGUUUUUGAUGGGUUUGGGGUUCACACGUGUGGAGGUUUCGAAUAUGAUUGUUAGGUCUCCUGGGUUGUUGACUCUUAGUGUAAAUAACAAUUUGAUUCCUAAAGUUGAUUUUUUCUUGAAUGAGAUGAAUGGUGAUGUUGCUGAGUUGAAGAGGUUUCCUCAGUAUUUCAGUUUUAGCUUGGAAAAGAGGAUUAAGCCGCGGCACGCAGAGCUAGUUCGGCUUGGAUUGUCGCUUCCUCUGCAAGAGAUGUUGCGGGUUAGUGAUGGCGCGUUUGAUUCUAUGUUGUUUGAAUUGCGGUUAAGGGAACCUGAGGGAAUAUAAGGGUAAUUGUAGUUGUUUUUUUGUAGGAUGAGUGAAAUGUAAUAGUCACUGUUUUGUUA